AUGGGCAACAAGUCCAAGGACCGUGGCCGACUUCACUCCAGGGGAAAAGUGUACCUGGUAUUUGACGUUUUUGGUAAGUCGGAAAAGAAGAAGGGCUCUGGUGCGGCCAAGAAAAAUCCUGAGUCUGUUCCCGUCGACAAAAAGGCAAGGCCCGAUGCUGCCAAAGAGCCCGCCCCGGUUCUUAAGCCACAACCGGUCAAGGUCCCGGCGCCUCAGCAUAGUGGCGACUCCAACGAGCACCAGUGCCGCCUAUGCUUCUCCUGUGGCUACUGCUGCCGCGGGACUUUAGAGCUAGGACACACCGGGUGCACGCUCUUCAUACCGCCUGCUUUGAGCGUCGCUGAGCAUCCGCCGAGGGAAUUGCCUCUACACCUUCGACUACCUCCACGAGUGCGGCCUUUUUCUCCUGCUCUGUCUAAUCCGCCGUCGUCUCCUCAAGAAUCCCCCGAGAUAGUGGUCGACUACAUUGACUUUUCCCGCCCUUCAUAUGACAACAUUUUCCGCGAGGGCGUUCGUUAUGAGCCAGAACAUGUGCUGGAGCCACAUCCAGCUUAUGUUUCGCGGUAUCAUUACUAG